CAGCGGGAGCGCCCGCCUGGGCUGGGCUGGGCUGGGCUGGGCUGGGCUCGGCGUGACACCCAGCCUCGCAUAGCUUCACUGACCGCACGCUCGGAUUACAAAACUGCCCCCCCCUCCAGUGCGCUACUUUCGGCUGGGACCGGCUUAAUUUUCUUCACAGUGGCUGUUGUGCGUGGAGGCCGAUGCAAUGGCUGUCACGGUGAGAGAAUGCCUGGAGCUCCAGCUGCUGGAAGUGGAAAUGCUGCUUUCGAUGUUUCCCAAAAGAGGAGAAUUCAGUCUGGAUGCCGAUGCCGUGCCCAGCAUCCAGCGCUACCUGAGGAAUGCUGAGGGAUCCCUGCCCCCGCAGCUGGAAUAUCGCAUCGCUCUCGAUGUCGGGGAGGCGAAGGUAAAGGUGGAAUUGCAGGUUCUCCUUCCUCAUAUGUACCCUCAGGUGGCUCCUCAGCUUUUUGCCAGAUCAGAUGCUCUGCACAGACAGCAACAGUUGCAGCUCAAUACUCGUCUCAAGUCUCACAUCAGCUCUCUGGAUCCAGGAGAUCUGUGUGUAUGUGAGGCUGUGCAGUGGGUGAAGGACAACACCCUGCCCUUCUUGGAAAACUGCCAGGCGUCAUCUGAGUGUGCUUCUGAAGAAGUCAGGGUUAAGGAAAUGCUGCAUCGCAUGUGGAUCUACAGCCAUCACAUAUACAGGCAGGAACUGAGGAAAAAGAUUUUGGAGUGUGCUAAGAAGUUAAAUCUGACUGGCUUCUGCCUGACUGGGAAACCUGGUGUCAUCUGCGUGGAGGGACUCCAAGAAAACUGUGAAGAGUUCUGGCACGUUAUUAGAUAUCCCAACUGGAAGCAUAUUUCAUGCAAGCAUGUGGAGAAUAUAGAAACGGAGGGGAGCAUUGAUAAUCUUCGUCUCUUUCACAGUUUUGAAGACCUGCAGUUUCAGGCACAUGGUGAUUAUGGCCUGAGGAAUGACUAUCACAUGGACCUUGGCCAGUUUCUAGAAUUCCUGAAACAGCAUCAAAGUGGACACAUUUUUCAGAUUUUAUUUGGUGUUGAAGGCAAACUUUCAGACAAUUGAGAGAAACUGUUUCUGAAGAGUUCUAAUUCUGGAGAGCAAAAGGUGUUGCUAACACUGAAAUAUUUUGCCUUAGAGCUACUGUGAAAAAGGAAACUUUAUCAUCUGAGAUCAAUGGUUCAAGUAGUUAUCUCAUCUUUUGUGCUCAACUGCCAUGUAUUUUUGAGACGUGUUCACUGAUUUUCUUAGACUCUAAAACUGGCAUUUGUCUCUGUGAACCAUGCCUCAAAGCACUUGCAAGGUGAUUCCACAGUGUGUUAGGAAUUAUACACUUCUGUCUCCUCAUCUGUACUGUGCUGUGUGAAUUUCUUCCCAUCUCAUCUGAACCUGCUCUCCUUCAGUUUAAAACAUUCUCCCCUGUCUUGUCACUACAUGCACUUGUAAAAAAGUCCCUUUCCAGCUUUGUUGUAGGCUCCCUUCAGGUACUAGGUGCUAUCAUGUCUUGCCAAAGCCUUCUCUUGUCCAGGCUGAACAAUCCGAAUUCUCCCAGCCAUUUGUCAUAGGAGAGAUGCUCCAGCCCUCCGAUCAUUUUUUGUGGCCCUCCUCUGGACUUGCUCCAGCAGGUCAGUGUUCCUUUUAUGUUUGUGUCCCAGAGCUGGAUGCAAUGGUCUGUUUGGGGUCUCACAAAAGUGGAGUAGAGGGUGAGAAUCACCUCCCUCAGCUUGCUGCUGAGGUCAUGCUGCUUUUGAUGCAGCCUAGGAUACAGUUGGCUUUCUUGGCUUCAAGUGCACAUCACUGGCUCAUGUUGAGCUUCGUGUCUACCAGUACCAAGUCCCUCUCCUCCGGGCUGCUCUCAGUCCAUUCUCCACCCAGUCUGUGUUUGUGCUUGGGAUCACCCCAACCCAGGGGCAGGACCUUGCACUCAGCCUUGAACACCAUGAGCCUUGCACAGACCCACCUCUCCAGGUCCCUCUGGAUAACAUCCCUUCCCUCCUACUGCUCCUUGUAGCUUGGUGCCAUCAGCAAACCUGCUGGGGGUGCAGUUGGUCCCACUGUCCGUGUCACCGACAGCAAUGUUAAUGCCAACCCCUGAGGAAUGUCACUCCCACUGGUCUUCACUUGGACAUCGAGCCAUUGACUGCAGCUCUUUGCAACCAGCCAAGUGGUUCAUCCAUCAAAUCCAUGUCUCUUCAGUUAAGGAUGUCAUGAGGCAGUGUGUCUGUCUGGUUAUGUUAAUAAGAGUUUUUCAUCUGUUCAGUUCAUGGCAUUUUAUGUUUACACUGUUAGGCCAAACACCUUGGAAAUUAAAAUGGGUCAGAUGAGACAAAGUUUAGUUUUCCCCCCUGCAUUACAUAAGGAAAUACAUGUAAAAUACAGAAAAUAGGAAAAAGCCCUUAUAUAUAUAUAUAUUUAUGUAUUUAAUAUUACAUAAAAAUCCAAACAACUCAAAGAAUCCUUUCUAUGUCAAAUUAAUAUGGAGAGAAUUUCCCAGCAGCUUGGAAGAGGCAAUGCUGUUAAUGGUUCAUCAGGCAGCAUUUUCCUGCAGGGAAGUGUGCUGAGUGUGGAUGUGGAUGGUGAGUGUUCCAGUUUGUAAUGGAGGAUCAUAUUUAAAUAUAAUAUGUAAAAUAUGAUGUGUAUAAAUUUAAUAUGUACUAAUAGAAUAAGCAGUUGAAGAACACUAUGGAAAAGCCCCUGAAGGACCACCAGCCCACCACCUCCCACUCUGUGCCUGAGUGCCUUCAUGUGAAAAGGGGUACCAAGCAAUAAAAGCAGACUCACUGCCGAGCUGCACCACUCCAACACCCAGGCCCUCAACAGCAGCUGUUUAAAGACUAUGAUUCAGCACACUUAGCUGAUGGCAACCUAAAUAACAGAUAUUACUUUAUUUCAAAUUAAAUACAAGGAAAUGCUUUAAUACCCUUCUCACAAUAGCAAUACAUUGAAAUGCAGAGGAUGGCAUUGAAAUGCAGAGUGUUUCUGGUUGCUCACAAUAUGAUUAAUGUCUUUUCCUUCACUGUGGUAGGUUGUGGUAGGUGUACUGUUUGUGUGAUCAUAACUGUGCCAAAAGCACAGUGAGGCAAAAGUGUUGACAUGUUCCCAUUAGGCAGUGAGGGAGAAAGUACCUCUCUUUCUGAAUUUGGGACCUGUAAUCUGCAGCUGUGACAGAGCUGAGGGGCUAGACAAAUAAAAUGAGUAUUUGGUUUUCUAGAGAUAAUCUCUCUCGUAAAGAUUAGAGAGAAACAGUAAUGUUCAAGUAACCUUUUUUUCCCAGAACCAUCCAGAAAAUAUAGCACGUUUUUCUUGGAGUGGUAAUUAAGAACUAAGAAUUCCUUAAAGUCUAUUUCUGGCAUUUUGAUACUCCCUUUUUGUCAAGAACGAGGAGUUCAAGAAAUUAGGCCAAACAUUUGCAAUGGAUCAGAACAGUGGUUAUCUUGAAGGGGGAAUUAAAUCCUUGAUCUUAUACAGGAUAUUACCUUAGCUAAUGUUAAAUGUUAGUAUUGUUGGAUGUUAUUGUUAGUAAUGUUAAAAUGUUCUGAUUAGAUGUGAACAAAAGGUUCUGCAGGUUCUAGGAAAUUUUCAUUUCAUAACACCACACAAGAGUGACCAGUAAGAAUUUUCUCUGGAAUAAAAUAUUCUAACCUUAUGGCUGUUUAAA